AUGGCGGAGCCAUUGGCCAAGCGGCCUAAAAUCUCCAGAGAUACAGGAGAUUUCAAGCCUGGAAACAUAAUUUCAAUUGAAGUUUGUAACUUCAUGACAUUUGGGAGAGUGACACAGUGUCCUGGGCCAAGACUUAACCUUCUUAUUGGACCCAAUGGGUCUGGUAAGAGCUCCCUUGUGUGUGCUAUUGCACUUGGUCUUGGUGGUGAUCCUCAGGUAUUGGGUAGGGCAACAAGUAUUGGUGCCUAUGUAAAACGGGGGGAGGAGUCUGGAUACAUCAAAAUAACCUUGCGAGGUGUAAACAGUGAAGAGGAGAUUACCAUCAUGCGGAAGAUAGACAUACAUAACAAGUCCGAGUGGGUUUUGAAUGGAAAGGUGGUUCCAAAGAGAGAUGUCAUGGAGAUGAUUCAAAAGUUCAACAUCCAAGUGAACAAUUUGACUCAAUUUCUUCCACAAGAUCGAGUAUGUGAGUUUGCCAAGUUAACUCCAAUACAACUUCUUGAGGAGACUGAGAAAGCUGUAGGAGACCCUCAACUACCAACUCUGCACCAUUCACUCAUAAACAAAAGCCGAGAACUAAAGAAGCUUGAACGAGCUGUUGAUAACAACAAAGAAUCUCUUGAACAGCUAAAAGCACUUAAUGCUUUGCUAGAAAGUGAUGUUGAACGAGUGCGCCAAAGGGAAGAACUCCUCUUGCAGGUUGACUCAAUGAAGAAGAAGUUGCCCUGGCUACAAUAUGACAUUAAAAAGAAAGAAUAUUUUGAUGCUCAGGAGUGCGAGAAGGAAGCAAAGAAGAAACUAAAUAAUGCUGCAAAAAUUGUACAUGAUCUUACUGAACCUAUUGAGAAACACAAACAAGAGAAACGAGCACAUGAUGCAAAUUGCAAAAAGAUGAUGGCCUUAAUAGAUAAAAAUGCCGAGAAGCGCUUGCGAAUUGCGGAAAAUCACAACUCUCUGGGAGUACAAGUGCAAGGAAAAUAUAAAGACAUGGAAGAUUGUAAGACCCAAGAAGAAUCCCGAAAGCAGAGAAUCAAUAAAGCUAAACAAGACCUGGAGGCGGUCGAAUUAGAACUUGCUAAUCUUCCUCCACUUGAGAAUGCUAAGGACAAACUUGAUGGAUUGAAUGCUCAAAUUAAUGAAGUCGAUACAAAAAACAGAGAAAUUAGGUCUGAAAGCAUGGCAAAAGAGAAGGAAGUAUUGCACGAGAGGCAAAACCUAAAGCUGUGUGUGGAGAAGCUGAAAAAUUUGGAAGACAAGAACACCAAAAGCUUACUAGCGUUAAAGAAUCAUGGCGCUGACAAGAUUUUUGAGGCAUACAAAUGGGUACAGGAUCAUCGUGAUCAUUUUAGAAAAGAAGUUUAUGGUCCAGUACUGCUUGAGGUGAAUGUCUCGAACCGGGUUCACGCUGACUAUUUAGAGGGCCACGUAGCAAACUAUAUGUGGAAGGCCUUUAUAACCCAGGAUUCUGGUGAUCGUGACUUCUUGGUUGAAAACUUACGGUCUUUCGAAGUUCCAGUUAUAAAUCACAUUGGAGGUGAAAGACACGAUAAGGGGACAUUUCGAAUAACCGAUGAGAUGAAAAAGCUUGGUAUCUACUCUAGACUUGACCAAAUUUUUGAUGCUCCUUCUGCUGUCAGAGAAGUUUUAAUCAGCCAGUUUGGAUUGGAACAUUCGUUCAUUGGAUCCAAAGAAACUGACCAAAGGGCCAGUGAUGUACUUAAGUUAGAUAUAAUGGAUCUCUGGACUCCAGAGAAUCAUUACAGAUGGAAUCGUUCUCGAUAUGGUGGGCACAUUUCUGCUUCUGUGGACUCAGUCAGACCUGCUCAGCUUCUCUUAUGCAAUGUUGAUGUCCGAGAAAUUGAUAAGCUAAAAUCAAAGAUUAAGGUGCAUGAGGAUUGUAUUUUUUCGCUAAACAAGAUUCUGGAAACUCUUCGAAGUGACUAUAGACAAUGGGAGAAUCAAGGAGCUGCACUAAGAAAAGAACAGGAUGAGAUAUACAAACAAUUCCAGAAUGAGAAGAGCCGACGUAAGGAUUUGGAAGCCCGUGUCAGACAUAGGAAGCGGAAUCUGGAUGAUUUGGAAAAGGAGGAAAACAGUGAUGCAAAAUUGGCUAAGCUUAUUGAAGAGAUUGGUAGACUGAAAACGAGCCGAUUGCGACUGGCUGCUGAAGUGAAGGAUUUAAUUAUUGAGGCUGUGGCUCAUCGAAGAAGCUUGACUGAAAUUACAAUGGCCUCAGUAGAACUAGACUAUAAGAUUAAAGAAGUGGAAGCCAAUAUUAAACACGAGGAAAAGUUAGCAAUGGAAGCAUCAAUGCAUUAUGAAAGUUGCAGAGAAAAAUGGUCGCAUUGCCGAGAGCAACUUUCAGAUGCCAAGAGGCACGCAGAAUCUAUUGCCAAGAUAACUCCAGAACUGAAGAAGGCAUUUCUUGAGAUGCCUUCUACAAUCGAAGAUUUAGAGGCUGCUAUACAUGAUAUCACUUCUCAAGCCAACUCUUUUCUCUUACUUAAUCCAAAUGUUCUGGAACAGUACGAAAGCCGCCUAGUGAAGAUAGAUACCAUUGCAAAGAAACUAGAAGCAGAUGAGCAGGAACUGGCUUCACAUUUAGAAGAUAUCAAUCACUUGAAGGAGAGGUGGCUCUCGACAUUAAGGAGCCUCGUAAGUACAAUUAAUAAGACUUUCAGCAGUAACUUUCAAGAAAUGGCUGUUGCUGGUGAAGUCUCACUAGAUGAGCGUGGCACAGACUUUGAUCAAUAUGGGAUAUUAAUUAAAGUAAAGUUCAGGCAAGCUGGACAAUUACAGGUUCUCAGUGCCCACCAUCAGUCUGGAGGGGAGAGGUCUGUGGCAACUAUUCUCUACCUUGUUUCUCUGCAAGACCUUACCAAUUGCCCUUUUAGGGUUGUUGAUGAGAUAAAUCAAGGUAUGGACCCUGUAAACGAGAGAAAGAUGUUUCAGCAAUUAGUUAGAGCUGCUAGUAAACCAAAUACGCCACAGUGCUUCUUAGUCACACCAAAACUGCUGCCUAAUCUUGAAUACAGUGAGGCAGUCACUGCACUGACUGUUAUGAAUGGCCCUUGGAUUGAGCAGCCAUCAAAAGUAUGGAGCUGUGGGAAAAAUUGGGGAUAUGUUAUGGGCCUUAACAAGGAAGCCACUGCUGAGGAUGCUCAUUGA